CUACAACUUUUAAUAAGGAUAUUACAAUCAGCCUGCAGAAGAAUGCCCUCUCCCAAUGUCACUGAGUACCACCCUUCUUCGUUCCUGUUGCUGGGCAUUCCAGGGUUGGAAAUUGCACAAAUCUGGCUUGGCUUUCCUUUCUGUGUAGUGUAUCUGAUUGCUCUUGUUGGAAAUAUCACUAUUCUUUUUGUUAUCUGGACUGAUCAUAGCCUUCACCAACCCAUGUUUUACUUUCUAGCCAUGCUGUCAGUAAUUGACCUGAGUCUCUCUACUGCUACCAUCCCCAAGACACUGGGUAUCUUUUGGCUCAACCUUCAGGAGCUGUGCUUUGGGUGCUGUGUUGCUCAAGUCUUUUUUAUCCACUUUUUUACAGUCAUGGAGAGCAUUGUACUUCUUGCCAUGGGUUUUGAUCGCUAUGUGGCUAUUUGCAAUCCCCUCAGAUACAACAUGAUCCUCACCAACAGAGUCAUUGGUGUGAUUGCACUGGUGGUAGUUCUAAGAAGUUUAUGCAUGAUUGCUCCCAUCAUUUUUCUCCUUCUGAGGCUGCCUUACUGUGGACAUAGAAUCAUCCCUCAUACCUAUUGUGAGCACAUGGGAGUAGCACGUCUGGCUUGUGCCAGUAUUAGUGCCAAUGUCUACUAUGGUCUUGGUAAUAUUUCUAUCUUGUUUCUAGAUGUGCUUCUGAUUAUUAUCUCCUAUGCUAGGAUCUUAUACACUGUCUUCCACCUCCCUUCCCAGGAUGCCCGCUUAAAGGCUCUAAACACUUGCAGCUCUCAUAUUUGUGUCAUCUUAGCCUUCUUCGGUCCAGCCCUCUUCUCCUUCCUCACUCAUCGCUUUGGUCACAACAUUCCCCAGUAUAUCCAUAUCCUUCUAGCUAAUCUCUAUGUGGUCAUCCCCCCUGCCCUCAACCCAGUCAUUUAUGGGAUCAGUACCAAACAGGUCCAGAAGCGGGUACAGAGUCUUUUUGUUAAAAAGAAGCAAAACAAAUGA